GAAUUGUUUCGUAUUUCUGAAUAAAUAUACUAUGAUCCACAAAUAAAUAUAGAGAGUUUCAUAAAUAUUUUUUAAAUCCACAAAUGCACAAUAAGCGAACCAUAAAUAUAUGUUAGACAUUUCAUAAAAAGGAAGGAAAUUCACAAAUAAAUAAAAUGGGAUUUGCAAAUGAAUUUUUUUUAUAAAUAUAUAUUUGUAUUUUAUUUGUAUGUGAAUGGCUUCCUGCGCAUUUGUGGAUUGCUUUCUGUGCAUUUGUGAAUCGCUGCACACAUUUGUGGAUCGCUUUCUGUGCAUUUGUGAAUUGCUGCACUCAUUUGUGGAUCGCGUUCUGUGCAUUUGUGGAUUUGAAACAUUUCUAACGUCAAGACGUGCACAAGAAUCCACAAAUAGGUGGACUCCGCCCACCGUCUACUCCAGCCAAUCAGACAACAAGCACACUGUGCUGACCAAUCGUGGCACGAUCUCCCUUCAACCAAUCAUAGAGUCUUUUCUAGAAACAUUGUGCAAAAGACCCAGACGGAGGAGGACUUUUAUUAUGACAGCGAGUAUCGCUCACUCAAAGCAAUGGCGGAAAAGCGCUAGUUUUGUACAAGUGUCUCGCUGUGUGAGGCAUGAAUCGUGUUGUUGUGGAGACAAUAGCACAAGAUUGUUACGCGGUGUGUUCAUGUGCGUCAUUAGAGAAACCACAUCUCCACCUGCCUAUGAUCUGGCUAAGCUCUCAAAUAUAGCCAGGCACUCAUGCAUCUCCCUUCACAUGCCAUGCAACCAAGCUCAUAAAUACAGCUCUGGCCUAUCUCUCUUAAAGGAGCAUACCCUCAUCCUGUGCAGAGCUUCAUUAAAGGACUACUACCAAUAUUCACCAUUACCUUCAUCAACGACUGCUCUGCUAUCCAAGUUGUGCCUCUCAUUCAGAGUUCUGUGCGGAGUGGGGGUGCAUUCAGCUGAUGUAGAUGUUUGCCUAAAAGGGAUAUGACAGACGCUACAUAUCAUUUCAUGUGAUUUUUAUAUGUUUUACGACUUGCAUCUUUACUUGACCAGGUGUUACAGAUGAUCAACAAAAUGCCCUCUGGAAGGUCCUGAGCGGGGAAUUCUCUGAAGAAAAGGAUGCAUUUGUGUUCAUAUUUCAAGUUCAAGAGGAUAUUGAAUUUUUUUGUCAUACUGUGUUAAUGAACAAGGCCUGAAGGUCAAUGCCAUGUUUCUCAAUCAGCAAUUGCAGUAGACAGGAGUGAAUGAAUGAAAUGUGUAAUGAACUCAUUUAUUUAUGAAUCAAUAAUUUGAAGGAAUAAAUAAGCUAAUCCUUUGUGUAAGCUUAGAUGCAGACAUUUGUUAGAGUGUGCUGAAAUAAGUAGUACAGAUUUAUAUAGAACACACUAUCUUAAGUAAAUUAAAUAUUAAAUGUAAACAAACACACACACACACAUCUGUAAUUUCUAAAUGGGGUGUACAUUUAAUUUUAAGUUAAGCCAAGCCAGAUUUAUUUAUAUAGUGGUUUUUUUACAAAGUUGCAUUGCUUCAAAAACCAGGGAAAUUACUAAAUUAAUAGUAAAUAUAAUGGGUUAUAUAGUAUUAUUCCGAACUAUAGAUUAUAAUCUAAUAAAACAGUAUUUUGUUCUUCAACUAUUGAUAAUUUAGUCAAAUAAUAUAAAUAAUCAGGAACAGACCAAACUAUACAAGCCUUUCCAAUUUCCACCUCACAUUAAAAUGGAACCUUAAAAGGAUUAAAAUUACCUGAGAACAGGAGUUUGAUAUUACAUAAGGGAUUAGCAAAAUUGAAACCAAGACGUCUUUAAGAUUGUAGCCGAAUUAUUUCAAGAAAGGCUAUAUGCUAUAUUAACAGAAUUUACAAAAUGCUAAACUUAGUUACUAUUAGCCAGGAAACAAACCAACACGGCAACAGAAGGAACCAAAAUGCCACGUGUGAAGUAAACUACUGCUAAAAACCGGUUUUAAUCAAAUUAAUUUGACAAAUAUUAACCUUGACAUACCUUACCACAAAGUGUAUUAAGAGAAUCCCUAGUAAAGAAUUAUUGACAACUGUCAACAGUGCCCGUUCCUCAAUCGGAAGGCUGCAGCCUCCGGAGGUUGCAUAUGCAGGCUGCAUAAGUCAUCACGUCUGGUUAAUUUAAGUUAACUGAGCAUUACAUCCGCAAAUCAUAAGCAUUUUACAACAAUUAACGACUAACUAAGAAUAAUAGUCAACUUUAUAAUAGUUAAUUUUCUAAAAUGAUGAUGUAUGCAGCAUACAAAAGAUUGCCUGAUGAAAUUCAACUGUGUUCCCGACCUAACAGUAAAACAAAAUGUGAUUGGUUGGAGGGAAAUCUUGCCAGGAUUGGUCAGCACAGUGUGCUUGUUGUCUGAUUGGCUGUAGUAGACGGUGGGCGGAGUCCCCCUAUUUGUGGAUUCUUGUGCACGUCUUGACGUGAGAAAUGUUUCAAAUCCACAAAUGCACAGAACGCGAUCCACAAAUGAGUGCAGCAAUUCACAAAUGCACAGAAAGCGAUCCACAAAUGUGUGCAGCGAUUCACAAAUGCACAGAAAGCGAUCCACAAAUGCG